UGGCCGUGUUUUCCUUUUGUGUAUUUUUCUGUUGGGUGGAAAGCGCCUUCCUGUGAUGAUUCUGCCACAGAGUCUGUCUUCUUGAGAGCAUCUACAGGUUCCGGCUGCAGGUGCUGCUCAGGAUUCAAGUGUAGAUUGCACAGCAAAACGUGGAGAAGCUAGUUUUGAAAAUUUGUCUUGGAGAAUUAUUAAACCAAUGUUGUGAAUGUCUGGUGCCAGCCUGGAUUCCUCACAAGCAGAAAGCCAGUCUUUGAAACGAUGAGCCCUGACAACAUCCACACAGCCCUCCUAGAUACUUUGUGUUUGUGCUGCCACCGAAAAGACUGGCUUCAAUCUUAGACGAAAUGCUUCAGCCGCAGUCCAGUGCACUCUACAGAUUGAAAUGAGUUUGCACCCUACAGGAGCUCCAUCAUGAAUCGGUAUACGACUAUCAAACAGCUGGGAGAUGGAACAUAUGGUUCUGUCCUCCUUGGAAGGAGUAUUGAGUCUGGGGAGCUGCUUGCCAUUAAAAGGAUGAAGAGGAAGUUUUACUCCUGGGAGGAAUGCAUGAAUCUUCGAGAGGUUAAGUCCUUGAAGAAACUCAAGCAUGUCAAUGUGGUGAAGCUAAAGGAAGUUAUACGAGAAAAUGAUAAUCUGUACUUUGUGUUCGAGUACAUGAAGGAGAACCUUUAUCAGUUGAUGAAAGAAAGGGAUAAAUUGUUUCCAGAAUUUACUGUCAGAAAUAUCAUGUAUCAGAUUCUUCAAGGGCUUGCAUAUAUACAUAAACAUGGAUUUUUUCACAGAGACUUGAAACCUGAAAAUCUCCUUUGCAUGGGACCAGAACUCGUGAAAAUAGCAGAUUUUGGCCUUGCACGGGAAAUUAGAUCCAGACCUCCCUACACAGACUAUGUAUCCACAAGAUGGUACAGGGCUCCCGAAGUGCUCUUGAGAUCCACUAAAUAUAAUUCUCCCAUUGACAUCUGGGCUGUCGGUUGCAUAAUGGCAGAAGUUUACACCCUCAGACCCCUCUUCCCAGGAUCCAGUGAAAUCGAUACUCUUUUCAAGAUCUGCCAAGUACUGGGGACCCCCAAAAAGAACGACUGGCCUGAAGGCUACCAGCUUGCAGGCACCAUGAAUUUUCGUUGGCCGCAGUGUGUACCAAACAACCUGAAGACUCUCAUUCCUAAUGCAAGCAGUGAGGCAAUACAACUCAUGAGAGACAUGCUGCAGUGGGACCCCAGAAAACGGCCGAUGGCAAGCCAGGCACUUCGCUAUCCUUACUUCCAGGUUGGCCAAGCAUUGGGCACCUCUGGCUGCAUACAGGAGCCCGGAAAACUAUCAAGAGACCUUCCGGAUAAAGCCCAAGUCCCCAUGAAGCCCAUUCCACCUGCAGAGCCUCCACCUAAACCACACGUUCGCCUGUCAUCCAGACCAUUCCAACCAAACCAGCUCCCCCACCCUCUGCUAGGCCCAUACAAAACAGAUUUCACUGUAAAUGGCCAUUUAAGGGAGGACAAGCCCAAUCAGGUGGUUUUGCCAAAUAUUCCCAGUAAAAUUUCUCAGCAGAAAACAGCCAUUGGGACCGAGCAGAUAAAUGGGGAGCUGAAGCCAAAGAACAGGCAUCGAUGGGGACCUAUUACUGGAACGCUGAAAGGCUCUGAGGACUGGGAGGACUUGGGAGAUUCUAAGGAAGGGUCUUCCCUUCCCAGAACUGACCUCAAAAACAAAGGACAUGCUGAGGAAGCUCUUUGCAGAUUGGAAAGUAUUUUAGAUCUGAAGCCUUCAGCCUGCAUUGGCACUGGCAAUAGUGCACCUUCCUACCUUCGGCAGGACACACCAACAUUACAAGUUUCUGCAGCCAAACAGCAUUUCUUGAAACAUUCUAGGUAUUUACCUGGAAUAAACACAAGGAAUAAUUUAAUAUCCAAUGCAAGUAAAGAUUUCACAUCAUCUAAUCCAUGGCCCAGUUCUAAUUUUCAUGGAAAGACAACUGCAGUGGCAGGAGGAAUCAACAGGCUGAAUUCCAACCACACUGGACCAGGUGGACUGACUGGUGUUUACACCCCUUCAUUUCUGAAAAAAGAAGCUGGUGCUGCUGGCCAGAGAGUUCAGUUGGCACCGGUCAUUGACCCGCCCUCUACAGAAUAUGCCUCUCUGAACUCUGUCAAACCUCAUAUUGGGAGACCAUCAUUUAAUAUACCUAUGAGAAGCACACCUGGACUCCUGCCACACCCACCCAUGGUUCAUCCAGUUCACGGACGAAUUGACUGGUCUUCAAAAUAUGGCAGUCACCGGUGAAACCUCAGGCUGGGGAUACCUUUAGUGAAACAGCAACCAGUGCUAACAUAACCUCUGAUAACAUUUCACAAACCAGAAGGUUUACAGAUCCUUAUCCUCUGUGACCAAAACAUUUCAAGACUGUUUGAGGAAUAUAUAUAUAUUUUAGUUGUACGUAUUUGAAUGCAAUCUUGUACUUUUUUUGUAUUGUUUUUAUGAUGAGAUAGGGGCAGUUAUUUUCAUAGGGCCAUACACAUUUGUAUAUCAAGCUUAGAAUGGGGUUUUGGCAUUUUUAUAUGAUGAAUUUUGAAAUUAACUUUUUAAAAGAAAAAUAUUUUUCCUUUGGGGAUUAUGUUUUAUAUAAGUUAAUAAAUGUAGCAAAUUGAUACAGUAUUUAAUAUAAUUAAGGUAUAGUUAGAAGGGAGAAAAAGGAGUUUACCAAAUACUUUUCUGUUCUGUGAGUUCUGGGCAAGGCAUGUAGAGCAAGCAGCAAAUGAAGCCCAAGAGCUAGAGCUUCUUUUUAGCACCAUGAGUUAACAGACUUAUAAAUGGCCUGCAUCCAACGACACUGUUCCUCCAAUUGAGCGGCAUUUCCAACAAUUCCAGUUUCCCAUUGCAGAGUCCCACUUUGUUCCCUGUGGUGUUCCUGAGAGUAUGCUGACCACAGGAACAAAAUAUGUUCUAACUCAAGAUUAAAAAAUUUCCAAAAACUUUGAAGCCGUGGAAAGAAACGUUCUGGGAAAACCCCUGAAAAAUUUGUGGAAAAUCGAAAGAGAUGCAAUUCGUGCCUAUAAAAAAAUUGUUUUGCUGCUUUAACAACAUAAAAUACAUCAUUUAUCACUUGUGUGUGUAAAGUACCAUCAAGUCACAACCCAGCAAUGGUCUUUAAGGGCAGAUGAGAACUAGGGAUGGUUUGCCGUUGCCUUCCUCUGCAGAGACUUCCUUGGUGAAUCCCCCAGCCAAGUACUGACAAGACUGGGCUCUACCAUGCUGCCUUCCCUGCCCAUUUAUCACUGGCAUUGGCACAUUUAUGGCAUUGGCAUAAAUGGAGUUUAAAAAUAUAAAUGGCUUGGAUUUCUACAAGCAAUCUGAAAAUAUACCUAGUCUAUGAAAGAGAGUUGCAAAUUGCUGCACUCGGUGCCGUCUUAGCACAUGUAACUUUUUGCCAUCUAAGUGGUAGAACUUACGCAGUCACAGUAGGCACAACUACCAGCAUGUUUAGAUUUGUAGUUAAACUAUAAUAUUGAGAAUAAUGAAUUCUUUAAUAAUUUAUUAAACACUUUAUAAAAUGUUGCCAAAAUUAUUCACAUUUAAACAUUAGACAUAUCCUUGAAAAUGUGGUAUGUCUCCACAGUAUACAUAGGAACUACCAUUAUUUGACCUGUAGAUUCUUAUAUAUAAAUGUUUAUGCUGUACACAAAACUUCCCAGUUUUCCUGUGAGAAAAAUGGGGGGAGGGGGCUCCUGGGAGGGAGAAAAGGGUUUUUUCCUUCCCAGUUUUCCCCCCCAAGCCUUUACACACGUAGACCAAAUGGGGUGCAGGAGGAAGUGGGAAGUUCCUGUUCUGUGAAGUCCAUGGCAGGUUGGGUCCAUGACAGUGUUAUCCUUGCAUUGAGGAAGCAAAACAUAAAAAUAACUGUACACGAACUUCUGGUCCUCCCCACAUGACUGAGAAUUAUUGAGGCCUAUUAAUCUUAUCAGCUGGAUCCAGUCAGUAAACCUUUUCUUGGAUGCUAACUUUUCUGGUUGGAGGUAUGUUUGAACUCACUGACCUAUCAAACUUCCACAUAGAAAAAAUAGUAUGUCAGAGAAAAGAGUUCAAACUAGCCUUUCCCCUGACAGUCUGUUUUUAUGGGUGCAGGCAAGUGUUUGUUUUUCCACACAGGAAAACAAUCACAUACAAUCUACCCACAGCAGUGCUAUAGUCCAGAUUAAACUUUACCAUUUGACCGGUAACUAUAAAAAUCAUAGACAGGGGAAUACAUGUGGCAGCUGUUAACUGGAUACUGCCCACAUGCCUUGCCACUAAACCAUCUGCAGAUGGGGGCAUUCCUCCUUGGGAACCAGAUGAUCUGUAGAAUAGCCAAGUAUUUAUUGCAAUAUUAAGUUUGACAAAGCUGGCUCAUAGAGUAAUAUAAAGAAAGUACUGAAGAUAAAUGCCAGCAGCAAAGUUAAAAGACUGUUAAUAUGUAUCACUGUCUUUGUUCAUAGUUAUGACUCUGGUGUGUUCCCUCUUCCCAAAUAUAAUGUAGCAGCUUCUGCAUCAGCUUAAUGGAACAGUUUAGCCUGCCAUAAAUUAGAAGCUUAUCUUUAGAAAUUUGUUCACAGAGUAUUUUUAUAAGGCUGAGGUGCAGUCUUUCUAGACCAAAGUUUAGCAGAUGCCAGAAAGGUGGGAAUUUAAUUAUAAGAGCUAUAAAUCUGUUUUUAAAGGGUGUAGAAGUUGGCAAAUAAUGUACAAAUCUAUGCAUUGUUUUAAAGGAAAACAGCCAGCUGGUAGUUUGUAUGGGGAUUGCUCUUUCUGAUUUGUAUUAGGUAAAAUGCCAUGUUGUUUCUUUAAUUGGGAAAAAGUGGGAUGCUAAUCUCCAGGCUUUUCAGAUCGGAAGGAUGAAGACGGUCUCUUCUCAGGGAGAAACGACCUCAAUGCAAAUUGUGACUAUUCAGUCCAUCAAGUUCAGUUAUUAAGUAUUUAAUGUAGAUUUAUUGUGGUUAUACUUAUGUUUGUGUCAAAGACAUUCCAGUCCUGAGCAAGGAAAAUGCAAUGUUCUGACUUCUGAACCACAGGCUGCCAAGGGUUUUUUUUCCUCCUUUGAAAGGCAAAAGCUACAAGCAGAAAAAAAUGAACUUGUUUCUUUCCCAUUAGGGUGGAUUCCGAUGAACAGCUGAUACCUCUUUGGCUGGAUCUUCCCCUUUAAAUUUUCGGUUAAGAGGGCAAUCACAGCUCCUCCAGUAUGUUUUUGCUACAGUUCUACUGUAAGUCUCCUUUCUCUUUGGCUGCAAAGUUCCCCUAGAAACUGUCGUUGGCAGCAUGUCAGAGGAAAGACAAUGGGACUGUAGCUACAGCUGCCUGUACUCAUGCUUCGACUGGAGAUUUAAAACACAGUUUUGAGGGAAAGAGAUGGGGCAAUUCCAACAGUGGAGAUAGCAACCAAGGUUGGCUAAGUUGUUUUUAAAAGCAUAGCCACCCUUUGAUUGUUCUAGCAUGUCACUGAUGCACACAGCUUGUGCUAUUCUGACAAAACUAUGGAAUUCAUCCACUGAUGAGCUGUGAACCUCCAGGUAAAUUUCCCAUCACCUCCAUCCCUACCAUGUUUACUUUCUAAUUCCACCAGUUUUGUAAGUCAUCAGUGGAAGAGGCCUAAAGCAGCAGUAAAAUCAUAACUACUUGCAACUACUUUUUUCCUUUUUGUGUACCUUUAGUUAUUUAUUGCUUGAGCUGUAGCACAACAGAGUGAGCUUUUGAUGUGAUAAGCUUCAGUGUAGCCUGCACAAAGUGUUACUAUCUAUUUCACUACAGGCCUCAGAUGGUGCUAUAUUUCCAGAUGUUUUAAUAAAUAUAUUUACCCAAAAGGAACACAGUCUUGAGUAUAGGAUACUCCCCCCACCCAAAGAAUAUUUAAAUUAACUCUACAUAAUUGUAACUUGUGUGUGAAUUUACGGUGGCCUCCUCUUUUUCUUGCCAACACAUGUAGAAAAAAUCCUCAUCUUCCUUUUGGAUAAUAAGGCAUGUAGCUAUAAGAGUAAUGAAUUAGUAAGGAGAUAUAUUUUAGCUAUUUGAAAUUCUGCAGUGAUAGAAUAUAUUUUAGAAAGCAGCGAGUUAAGAAACUAGAAUUGGGUGUGGAAUUGUUAAAAUCCAUUUAUUGUAAGGUUCCCUUAUUGUGCCAUCUGAUUAGUUUACGGUGGAAUGUAGGGAAAACAAAAAAUAAAUUUGCAUUUAUACUGUAUUAAAAAAUGAGGAUGUAUCUGCCACUUCCAGUGGAAAUCAAAAUUGCUAUUAAGUCACGAAGGAUAAUUUUAUUUAGAACUGAAGAAGAGUUCCACCAAUUAUUGCACGAGGGAACGAUUUUCCUUGAUUAAGGGGACAGUUCUAAGCAUAGUUAAUAAAUUCUGUUGAAGUGAAUGGGAUGUGUCCUUAAGAUCCUCAUCAGACAAGUAUUAGAAAUAUAGUGUGUUGUUAGGAAAAGUAACGUAUCUUUUGCUUUAAGAGAUGUGCCUAGAAUAGAUUCAUACCGAGCACCUCUAAUUAAAGCCUACGGGAUGCUUUCAGACUUACUGAGUUCUUACUCUGUUUAAAAUUUGAGCAGACAAAAUGUUUUUGAAUUCCAUACACAUGCAUUCUUAAGGCUUGCCUCCACUGUUAAUUCCUGCUAAAAGCAAGGACAGUAAGACUUUGAUUGCAGAACUUGAUCAAGUUUUCCUUGGUUUGUCCCAUUUUUGAAAAGUGGCCUGUAUCUUGGUCCAAUUGGACCAAAGGCAGCGUCUCUGCAAACCUCAUCACAUUCAAAAUAUUUCCCUUAGUCAUUUCUGUAAUGUAUUUUCAUGAGGAUUCUGUUUUGUUUUGCAAUCUCACUUGUCUUGCAUGCUGUAUAGGUUUGAAAAGCAUGGAAGUCAGAUGCUCAUCAGGUGAGGUCACAGGUUAGCUUGCCUCCAUUAUCAUACCUGUAUUACAGGUUUGUUUAAAAUAAUCUGCAUUGAACUGACUGCAGAAUGUUUCACUCCACUUUCCCUACCUGUAAAUGCAGUUUUCUUAGUGCUGUGGUCCUAAGCAUACUUACUAAGGAAUAAGUUCUACUGAGCUCAGUGGGACUUCUUUCUGCAUAAGCUGGUACUCUGGAGCAGCUUCCUAUAUGCAGUAAGACGACUACAUUAACAAAUGUUGAUCAGGCAGUUAAAUCAAUAAACAAAUUUAUCAAUAUCACAAGUAUCAAAUUCUUCUGCCAGUGUUGAAUACAUCCAUUAUAUUAACAACUUACACAUUUAAUAAAGUUUGUGGAUUAUUGCUGCCGACUGCUUUUUAUUUUUUUAUUUUUGUAAAAAGAAGUCAUUUGUACGGAAAAUAAGUUCUAAAUUAAAUGUGAGCCUUGAUGUGUCCUUGAGAAAUGAAACUCAGCAUGUUUUCUACUUGGGGUCUUUUAUGGGUUUUUAAGUACUUGUUAAUGUCAAAAGAAGCUCCAGAAUAAAGCGGU